AUGGUUUUUGAUGAACUCCUGAAGAAAGCUUUGCUGAUGAAGCUUAAUGCAGACGUUGGUAGUCUAUCGUAUUACUCCCUUGCAAGACCUCUCGCGCCGCCAGAAGAAACCGUGAAUUGUCCUUACACUAGCCAGCUACUUCAUCGUUCAGUCUUUGACAAUUUUCAACUGGAAACGAAGCGGCUUGAGCUGGACCCUAAAAACGCACAAACCUUUUCUCUCAUCACAUCCACUCUUAAACGCUACAGAGAGAUGAUCCACUUGAAGCCACGAAUGACUUUUGACGCCAUUACUGUGUCUCUCUUCGAACUCCUGAUCAAAUUCUUCCAGCGAUGGGAAAAUAUCAGAAAUCUUGAUGCAGAUUUUAGCACUUUCGAUUUACUCCUCGCAGCAUGUGAAGCAAACCUCUCUUCCCUCGAGCCUGGCGGAAGGACUCUCGUGAACCAGCAGCUAGUCCCUUUGAUUCUGAACUCUAAUGUUCGACAUAAGUACUCUCACUUCGUAAUAAUGGCACUGAAAACUCUCAAGUUCUUACUCGAAAAGAUGAGCGACGAUGUCCCAAUUAUCCCAAAUUUCACCGGAAAAGAUGUUCUUCAAAUUCCGCUUCGAAUCUGCAAUUCAUCGAGCAAUGACCAAAAAGGAGCCGUAGAGCUUGCCUGGCAAUGUGCAAGCUUAUUGAAACACGAAGCUACUGUUGCUGAAAGUUUGGAGGCACUCUCGACGGUUGACAUUACUGGACAGAUCCCAGUGGUGGAAAGUCUUCUCAGGACGUUAGACAACCCUGAUUGUUAUAAUAUAUAUCGGAAUGUUGGUAAUGAACGGAAUGACGGAAUAGACGAUUUCAUAUGGGCUCUAUGGAGAGAAAUCAAGGCGAAUUUCGGAAGUCGUCACUGCCAUCAACUUUAUGAAUUGUUUUCGAGGGUGUUGAUGCACGAAGACUCCUUUUUUAGUCGAUUUGCAGACUUGGUGAUGGAAAAACUUUUCAAAGAAAUACAAGACAAGGCUGCUACUCGACAUGGGAUGAUACUGCCAAUCAUCUCUAAGUAUGCUCGUUACUGUGCUUAUCCCGACCACAAACCCUUUCUGACUUUUGCUGCUUUGACUUCAGGAGCUGGAUUCAAUAAAGAUGUUCUUGUUGAACUCCACACUGCUAGAAAAGUCGACGAGCUUGAAGAACAAGGUGUACUAAAAGACAUUCCACAAAACGAGUAUCAAGUUGACAUUCUAACAGAAAUGAUGAUGGUUCGCAAGUAUGGGGUCGAUCUUAUUCUCCGAUAUAUUAAAGACGAAGUUUUGUGUAAUGAGUGUCCUCCUAACGAUGUCAUCAUGAUGCUUGUAAAAGAGCAUAUUAGGGAAACAAAAAGGAAACAAACGUGUCAUAAAAACUCCGCCACACAUCUGACAAGAGAACGCUGCUGGCAGUCGAUUCUCUUGCUCGUCACUCAACUUAUUGAAGAAAACAUCAAGCUCAAGGAGACGGACGCGAUAUCCGAACUCGUUGAUGCGAUCCUAAAUACAUUGUCAAAUGAAGAAGAACCGUCAGUCCGAAUGUUGCAGCAAAUAUCGCUGGCAAAGUUAAUUACAUACAGUACCGAGGAAUGGAAGAAAAUUGAUCAAAUCCUGGAGGACGAUGAGUUUCUCAACUAUAGCGGUUCGAUUUCCUCCGUGCUCGUGGUUGGCAUGCUGUUUUGUAUCAGCGUCAAAAUCCCACAAUUUACGAUGAAGUUUCUUGAGCAAUCCCUCCGAUUGCAGCAAUGCAGCAAUAUCAACGUGAGGAUUCACGCCAUUGCAGUGGUCAACAAACUCUACAAGAGCACUCAGAACGACCCUGCGCAAGGAGUGGCAAUCAAUCAAAUGUUUCCGUUUCUAGGACGGCAUGUGCAGUUUUCAGACUCGCAAAAGGAGCGAGGCAGUUUAGGACGCCAGGUCGACAAAGUCAUGGGAAAUAUGUUCUUUUCGGAAGUAAAUGUCAUGGACGAUCUUUCUUUCGUUGGCAUAUUCCGCUCGAUACCUCUUUCUGUAGGCUCACAGGAAAAGAACCUGAUAAGUCUGCCACUUCUGCAAGAACUGUCGCACCGGACUAACUUGCCCUUCGAAAAACAAAUGGACAGAUGGGCAGAAAGAAAAUGGAAGGCGGCGAAUGAAUCCGGAGACAAGACACCAAAUGCUGAUGUUAAAACUGAGCCUGGGGUGACGGAUGUUCAGCAGAAGAUUACUCCUUGGAUUCAGGACAUUGAGCUUGAAAAGAAAAGUUGCGAAGGAUUGGUGAUAUGCGCCUCGCUGAUAGACAAAGCAAAUAAUCUUGGUGGAAUUACAAGGACAGCGGAAGUUUUUGGAGCUGAGUCUCUUACCUUUGACAAUCUGUCUGUAUUAAAGGCAAAAGACUACACUAGUUUGGCAGUGACGGCGAUGAAAUGGAUUGACAUCCAGGAAGUUAAAGCGCGUAACAUCCCACAGUGGUUGAUGUCGAUGAAGAAUAAGGGCUACUGCUUGGCUGGACUCGAGCAAACUGCGAAUUCUAUUUCGAUUGAAGAGUUCAACUUCCCGAAAAAAUGUGUGGUAGUUCUCGGAAAUGAACGAGAAGGCAUUCCAGCGCACAUUAUUGGUUUGUUGGACGUGGUGCUAGAAAUCCCACAGAAAGGAAUCAUCAGAUCAUUAAAUGUUCACGUUUCUGCGGCACUUUCGAUCUGGGAAUACACUCGGGGAAACCUUUGA